AUGGGUGUUGAACACCCAGAUAAGGGAGGCCAAGCAUGUGUAAGUUCAGGAAACACCCUUCCUAAGCAAGCUAGUAAUCCUCCUUCUGGCACUACGGACACUAACCCUGCACCAUUCAGAACACUUGAGAACAGGACCAGGAUGCCCCACAAGAAGGAUUGGAGGGAGGUAGAGACAGUCCUCCUCACUGAAGAAGGUAGUGCAGUCAUCCAGAGGACCCUACCGGAGAAACUGCAAGAUCUUGAGAGUUUUGUAAUACCCUGUACUCUCGAAGACGGUUGCACAAGGAAAGUUCUAUGUGAUCUUGGAGCAAGCAUCAAUCUGAUGCCUUCAUCACUGAUAAGAAAACUUGGGAUCAAAGAAGUCAAGCCUACCCGCAUCUGCCUCCAGCUCGCUGAUGGCUCCACCAAGUUCUCAUCAGGAGUGGUUGAAGACUUGAUCGUAAGGGUUGGACCCUUUGUGUUUACCACAGACUUCAUUGUGUUGAAUAUGGAAGAACACAAGAAUGUAUCCAUUAUUCUAGAGAGACCCUUUCUGGCUACAGGAAGGACCCUCAUUGAUGUGCAAAAACGGGAAGUGACACUAAGAGUCGAUGAGGAUGAAUUCGUACUGAAUGCUACCAAGGUCAUGUAG